CUCUAUAGAUGAGCAAACUCGGGUAAAGGGAUUCAGGGAUGGACCCGGGUCACGGCUAAGUGGGCCACCCAGCUCUGCCUAGGGUAAGGAUAGACAACAGGGGUGGGAUUUUAAGACUUGGCGAAGCCUUAUCCACAAUCUUACCAGCUCUUGAUGACGCAUCAGCCUGGAGAAACUGAGGCUGAGCUGGUUAGUGCCCGGGUCAGGCAGCUGGUAAGAAAGACCCUGCCUUGGCUUCCCCCGCAAUAAGUCUCGGCAGGCCCCGAGCCAUUGCCAUUUCCAGCUCCCCCUCCCCCCCCCCCUCCUGGCCACCGCCCCGCUGGCUCUGGACCUGACCAAUUCAUGGGAAAGAACGCCGGGUGGCUGAGGGGAGGGAGGAUUAACGGCGAUGGCUUCUUUUUCUGAUCCCAGCGCUCUGUGAGAUCGGGCAGUCGCGGGAAGCGCCUCGGAAAGUGGCGGCUCCGAGGGGAGCUACCCCACUCCUCGUCUCGUGUGGGCUGUUGUGCAGCCUGCUAAACUUUGCUUUGAGCCUUCCCGGGAGAAAGGAGGCGGCGCAUCCCCAGUACCUCUAGGGGGGAUGGGCAGGGGCGCCCUGCUGGUCUGAGCCAUCUGAGCCAUUCCCUCAGAGCACUGCCCGAUCUAGUUAUGCGCAGGCGCGUGGUAGAUAGCGGAUAAAGGGAGUUUGGGAAGACAGGAGAGCCAGGUACCAGGCGCGAGGUGACGGGACUGCGCAUGCGCCCUACCUCCCGCUCGCCCCGGCGGAACGAGGAGGGCGGCGCGUGCGCGAGUUAGCGGCUGGGGGCGGAGAGAGGACGAACUAAGGACUGCUGGACCGUCUGUCGGGGAAUGGCGCGUGCGCUUCUGCGGCUGUUGCCGCUGCUUCUGGCAGGGCUGCAGCGAGCUCUGAUUCUCAGCCUGCCUUCGACCCCCGCGCAACCCCGGGGCCUGUCCCGCCGAGAAGGCACUGAGGAGCCAUGCCCACCCUCAAAGUUCCCAUGUGGCCAUGGCAUCUGCAUCCCCUCUGAGUGGCUGUGUGACGGUGACAAGGACUGCUUAGAUGGCAGAGAUGAAACUUCCUGCCGAGUAGAGGCUUGUGCCCAGGGGGAGGAGCGGUGCCCCUCUGAGACAUGUUCCCCUCUCAGAUGUGAGGGACCCCAGUGUGUUGACCUGUGGAUUGAACCCAGCUGUCCCCCACCUCCCUGCCUGGCUGAAUAUCGAUUUUGUGAUGGGAUCAACGAUUGUCCCAAUGGCACAGAUGAACGGCUUGUGGACUGUAGGAAGCGCCGUUCAAAGAUGCCCUCGCUGGGGUGUGCCAAGCAAGGGUUCCAAUGUGCUCCAGGAGUAUGCAUCCCACAUGCAUGGGUGUGUGAUGGGCACCCAGACUGUGCCAGCGGCAUUGACGAACAUCAUUGUGGGACAACAGGAACUCCCUUCAAUCAGGCUGCCACUUUAGCUGAGUCUGUCACUCCAGGUGCUGUCCCUUCAGGAAAUCAGAGUACCACUGGGUUAACAAUGGCCACUGGGACAACAGAAACUGCCACUUUAUCUGUGUCUCCCAUCCCAGGUGAUGGGAGUGCUGUCCCUUCAGGAACUCUGAGCAUCAAUGGGAUAACUGUGACCACCGGGGUGACACAAGCUCCUGAAGACCAGAACACCACUCCAGGUCGUGGAAGCCUCACACCUUCGGAAAGACGAAGCGCGUAUGGCCUGGUCAUGGCAGCAGCCGCCCUAAGUGGAAUUCUGGCUGCCGCCUGUCUGCUUGUGUGUUGCCAGACCUGGGCCCAAGUCCGGUGGCGCCUCCUCCCCCAACCACACCUGGUAGAAGUUGUGAAGGAUUCUCUGCUGAUGCCUGAGAGGACACCGUCAUCCUCAAUCUGAGGGCCAGCUCUAUGGCCUCCAGGAUUGCUUGUCCAUUUGUGAAAGUGGCCCAGGCUGCCCUGGGGCCAAACUGAGUCCUCCAGGAGGAGGAGAAGCAAAGGGGGAGAGAGGUCGUUAGCUACAGAGGACUCUUCCCCAUGGCCUCCAUCACAAGCUACCUCUCUGUUGAAGGCAGCGGACAGGUCCUGACCUUGUUGCCUUUUUCUACCACCCUGGGAGGCCUUGCAUCCGGCACCCCUUGGAUAAGGCCGGAUGGGUGUGGGUCCUGAUUCUUUGCAACAUCCUGCCUCCUACGGGGGUAGGAGUGGGAAUUGGCUGCAGGCUCCAGAGGUAGUCACAUGCCCAAUCACUCCCCCAUGCAGCUGGUUUCAGGGCCAGUGCUCUUUGUUGGGCAAGGCUGGGGUCCCUGGUAUCAGCCACCAGGCCGGGCUGUUGGCUCAGGGGUGAGACACUCCAUUCAGCUCCCACAUGGGCUACAGAUGAGGAGGAGGACAGCCCAACAUCUAGGGUGAUCGACAUUUUAGUGAUUAAAAUGAUUUCCCAAAAUUUAAAACCUUU